AUGGCCGCAUUUGUGGCGCGGCACGCCAAUCCGGCCCUAUCCCACUGUUCCUCUUUCCGGCCAAACUUAUUUUCCAAGCAGUCUUUUGUCCAUCGCACUUUGACCAGACGCACGCUUCCCCGACCGAUCUUUUACUCGGGUAUUCGCGCUGCAUGCUCCAAAUCUCAAGCUUCCCAGAACGAACCAACGCAGCCCCCGGCGUCAGCUUUGACUCUAGGAUUCUGGAAGUCGAGAUAUUUGUGGCAACGUGCAGGCAUCAACACAUUUCGAUGUCUGAUCGGCUGCUCUCUCGGUGACUUCUCUGCGAUGUGGUUCCUGCAGGCGAAUUGCCCGGAUAUGUCGGUUGGGCUGGUUAUGGGAAUAUCAAUGAUAUCUGGCCUAAGCACGUCAAUGGCGUUGGAAACCGUCCUCCUACGGCUAGGUCGUGACCAGCUGACAUGGGCGACGGCAGCAAAGACGGCAGCAGGAAUGAGCAUGGUCUCGAUGUUGGGGAUGGAAACUGUUCAAAAUAUCGUUGAUUAUCAUUUGACGAGUGGCAUUGUAGCACUGAAUGAUCCAAAAUUUUGGUUGGCUGCGGCGGCGUCGGCCCUUGCGGGGUUUCUAGCCCCAUUGCCGUAUAACUAUUCGAGAUUGAAGAAAUACGGGAAGAGCUGUCAUUGA